UCUCAUAACAACUUUAAAACGACAAAACACUUUCUCUCAUUUCUUGCGUUUUGUUUUCUCUUCUUCUUCUUUUUCUUGCAGCCACAAUUCAAUCAAACCCUUCAUCAGUUACAUUGAGACAAUUCACACCCUAAUCACUUCUCAGAUCUUUACUCUAUAUGCCUCCCCUGCACAAGACGUACCGAGGUAAACUAUAAAAAAUACAAGAGAGUCAGGGAUAUACAAUCAAAGUAAAAUCAUACAAGGCCCAAGCACAACAGUGGACUAGACCACCAGCUAUGGUAGUUUAAAGCUAACGUGAUGUUCGUCGUCUUCAACCACCUAAAAGAGAAAAGCUUGAUCUUGUCCAAUAAAAUAUGAGGUGUGUAUUUCAUCACAUGCUUUGUUUUUGAGAAAUUGAAAGUUAACCAGGGCUGCUUUAUUCAUUCCUCGACUAUUCUCCAAGUUUCGUAAGAAGUUCAUCUACUUCAGUAUUUUUCUCUAGUGUCAUUACCAAAACCAGGGGAUGCUGAAAGAUGUGGUUCAAAGCAAAGAGUUCCUUGUAUGAAAUUAAUGAGGUUGUACCUCCAUCCGAGCAUACCUUUUUAAUACUUGAUGAGAUCGGAUAUUUAGUUUCCCGUCAAUAUCUAUUUUGUACUCAUGUGGCUGAGUUAGCUGGAAAUCUCGGUAGUUGUAUAACGUCGAAACCUGAUGUUUGUGAAGAUGGUUGAGCUUUGAGGACUAUAUAAUCGAUAGUAGUAUUGGUUGUACGCAAAAAGUGUUACCGAAAUGGAAAAGAAGGGAAGUGUGUUAAUGCAAAGAUAUGAGCUGGGGAGAUUAUUAGGCCAAGGAACGUUUGCGAAGGUCUACCAUGCUAGGAACCUUGUAACUGGCAUGAAUGUGGCCAUUAAGGUAGUUGAUAAAGAAAAGGUUUUGAAAGUCGGGAUGGUUGAACAGAUUAAGCGUGAAAUUUCAGUGAUGAGAUUAGUAAGACACCCGAAUGUGGUCGAGCUUUAUGAGGUAAUGGCGACUAAGACCAAAAUUUUCAUUGUCAUGGAGUAUGCAAAAGGUGGUGAGCUCUUCAACAAGAUAGCGAAAGGAAAGCUCAAGGUCGAUGUUGCUAGGAGAUAUUUUCAGCAGCUGAUUAGUGCAGUUGACUUCUGCCACAGCAGGGGUGUGUUUCAUCGAGAUUUGAAACCCGAAAAUCUACUAUUGGAUGAAAAUGAUAAUUUGAAGGUUUCGGAUUUUGGUUUGAGUACCUUUUCUGAAUCUAAGUGCCAGGAUGGAUUACUUCACACUACAUGUGGUACACCUGCGUAUGUUGCUCCUGAAGUGAUAAACCGAAAGGGCUAUGAGGGAUGCAAAGCUGAUAUUUGGUCGUGCGGCGUAAUCUUGUUUGUUCUAUUGGCUGGUUAUCUUCCAUUCCAUGAUCAAAAUCUGAUGGAGAUGUACAGGCAAAUCGGUAAAGGAGAAGUCAAAUUUCCUAAAUGGUUUGGACUAGAGGUUCGCCGGUUGUUGUCCAAAAUAUUGGAUCCAAAUCUGAAGACUCGCAUAUCAAUGGCCAAGAUCAUGGAAAAUUCUUGGUUUAAAAGGGGGUUAGAGAAGCCGAUUGUUAUCGAUAUCGAAAAAAAUGACCUAGCUUCUCUGCACGCUGAUGGACUGUUCGAAGUGUCCGAGAACGGAAGUGAUUCUAAUACGGAGUCAAAACAACAGCAAGCCAAACCCUGUAACAACUUAAACGCCUUUGAUAUCAUCUCCUUCUCGUCUGGUUUUGAUUUAUCCAGCUUGUUCGAAGACACAAUUCAAAAGAAAGAGAUGCGGUUUACAUCUUACAAGCCGGCUUCGAUUAUAAUCUCCAAGUUCGAAGAAAUUUGCAAGUGUCUUCGCUUGAAAAUUACGAAAAAAGAUGGAGGUUUAUUGAAGCUGGAAAGUUCAAAGGAAAGAAGGAAAGGGACUCUGAAUAUUGAUGCCGAGAUUUUCGAGAUUACACCUCUCUUCCAUCUUGUGGAACUUAAGAAGUCCGAUGGCGAUACAGUGGAGUAUCAGAAGCUUUUGCAUCAGGAAAUUAGACCAGCACUUAAGGACAUUGUGUGGAAUUGGCAAGGAGAACAACCUCAUGAACUCCAACAUGAAGCAGUGCUGGAGGAGCAAGCAACAACCAUCUCUUACUGAUCAAAUUUGAGGAUGUUUUGUAGUGAAUUGCAGAAUCAAUGUUGUUUCACUAGGUUGUUGUAUGUUUUGUGAUACUUUUUUAUGAUUUUGGUCAAGUUCUAAAUUUAACAGUACUAUAAGCUUCUUAGUUUAGACUUUGUCAUGUGUUGUUUCUGAAGACAUACUUACAAAGACUUGUAUGGCUAAAGUUAGAAUUGAACCAGUUGGGUCUUUUCUUCCA